AAAGCUUGUAGGAUGACUUUAGACCCGAAGGAAUGCACGGGCAAUUCGUUGUCAGCUGGUUUAUGCAUUGCUGUGCUGUCCAGCUUUGUGAAUGGAUCCACGUUUGUCUUACAGAAAAAGGGGAUAUUACAAGCACAAAAGCGAGGAGUUUCAUACCUAACUGAAUGUGUGUGGUGGAGUGGAACACUAGCAAUGGUUCUGGGCCAGGUAGGGAAUUUCCUGGCGUACAACAUGGCUCCCGCUGCUUUAGUUACACCUCUUGGAGCACUCGGGGUCCCGUUUGGGUCUCUCCUGGCUUCCUACAUGCUGCAGGAGAAUCUCAAUGUUCUUGGGAAGCUGGGCUGUGUGUUAAGCUGCGCAGGUGCUGCUGUUCUGAUUAUCCACGCUCCCAAGUCUGAGAAUGUGAGCUCAAGGAUGGAGCUGGAAGAGAAGCUCGGAGAUCCAGUGUUCCUCGGCUACCUCUGUGUCAUCCUGCUGCUGCUGCUGCUGCUCAUCUUGUGGGUCGCCCCUGUGCACGGCCCCACUAACAUCAUGGUGUACAGCACUAUCUGUUCCUUGCUGGGCAGCUUCACCGUGCCGAGUAGCAAAGGCCUGGGGCUGGCUGCUCAGGACGUGUUCACCAGGGACUCCUCCAAUCAGAGAGCCCUGUGUCUCUUGGGGCUGCUUUUGGUCACCCUGGCAUCCAGUGUCCUCAUCCAGUUCACCUACAUUAACAAAGCACUGGAGCACUUCGACAGCUCUGUGUUCGGGGCCGUUUACUAUGUGAUGUUCACCACUCUCGUCACAUUGGCCACCGCCAUUCUAUUCAGGGAAUGGAGUGACGUGGGUGCUGUGGACUGCCUUGGCAUGCUGUGUGGCUUCGUCAUAGUGUCUGUGGGAAUCGUUCUUCUGCAAGUAUUCAAGGAAUUCACUUGGAGUUGGAAUGAUGUAAAGAAAGGUUCUCGUAAGAAAGACUGAACACUUGCAGUACAUGCUUCUCCAGUGGUGCAGACACUUUCACCAUGUGUCCGUUGUUUUUAAUCAUUGCACAUUGUCUGCACACCUAAUAUGUACAUUCCAGAGUCACAGUAGAGGAACCAAAUACUGUAUCUUGCACAGCACUGACUAAACAGACUUAACUAUGCUAUAACUAUAUUUUUAUAAUUUUAUGUUGGUUUUUUUUGGUAUUUUGUUAAUAGCUAUGUUUAAAACAUAUCAUUUCUCUGGUGCUUUGUGGUCAGAUUUAUAAUACAUUUAAAAUGACAGCUAGUUGUUGGCAGGAAAUAAAAGCGUUCACGCAGGUUAAAAUGUCUUGAGAAAAGCUCAUGGUACUGUAUGUAAUAUAUUUAAAGUAAAGGGAUUAAAAUGGUCUUUGUCAUAGCCAUCCUCAAUUAUUCAGCAGUACAGAUGCAACAUACUUGAUAACUGAACCCUGCACAGGAGUAUAAAAUCCCCAGUGCUGGGAUACAGUGGAGGCGGUCGUCUGUCUGUAUACUGAUCUGCAAAACCAUUGCAAGGAAACUUGGUGUUAACAUGAAUAACACUUGUGGGAGGAUGUGUGUUACUGGCAUGUGCUGUGGUUUGUUUAAAAUAAGCUGUUGCUGCAGCGAGAGUUGCAGGACUCUUAGGAAUGGACUGCAUGAUAAUGAGCUCACUACUCGCACCUGAUUGGCUGAGAGGGUCUGUAAGAGAAUUGAAAGACGUUUCGACAAUGGUCUCUAACGGGACGCGUUAUCCUGCUGGUCUUGCUGCAGCAAUUGAUUUGUAACCUAAAACAGCAGCCAGCCUUCAUUGUACUGCAAAUCAGGGGAAACGGGGGCCAGACUUUACUGCACUGCAAAUCAGGAAACGGGGGCCAGCCUUCACUGCACUGCAAAUCAGGAAACGGGGGCCAUCCUGCACUGCACUGCA